CGGAAUGCCAGCAUAUAAUCUUCAAACACUUCCAAUCUUCUGAGUUUGCUACAUUCAUUGCGAGCGUCAUAAGAACAGCGAAAUAGCAUAAGCAAAUGUUCUUACUCGCAAUAUUGAGUACAGUUCGCUUUAGCAUCUCCGCCGGGUCUUGUAAUCUUUUUAUAGUCCACUUGGUGAGGUGCAGUCUCCCUAGUACGUGAAAGGGCUACCUUUAGUCCUACAAGGUUGAAAAAUUAGUGAUAAUUGGACGUUGAUUAAUAGAGUGAUUCCCUUAAAUUUACUGAAAACAACAAAAGAUACUCCGGUGAAAGGUUCGAGGAAGUGCAUUUGUUAAGGAAAAUUGGUACUAAAAUUGGCUAAUUUUCCGGGUGUUCAGUUGACGUGUGCAAAGUCUGCCUCAAUUUCCCUAAAACCCUGUAGCAGCAAUCGACAGCAAUGGAUAAUUGGAACGUACUUUCGGUGCAGUCCGCUAGUUCAGCCAUUAGGGAUGAAAUGAACGCGAGUUUCCGGAAAAAGAAUCUGACAAUAGAAAAGCUUCCAGACAAGGUAAUUUUGAACAUUUUCUCGUACUUAUCACAUUUGGAAAUAUGUCGAAUGGCUCGGGUAUGCCGUCGAUGGCGACAAAUUGCCUACGAUACUCGUCUUUGGCGCAAUGUGUCCUUGCGCCCAGAAGUAUCUGGGUUACAUGUGGGAUCCUUGGAAUCCCUUCUCGCUCUUAUAUCAGUGCGCUUCGGCCCUUCGCUAAGAUACAUCGAAUUACCAAUUGAAUUGAUUACACACACUGUACUCCAUGAACUAUCGGGAAAAUGUCCAAAUCUAACUCAUAUGUUGCUGGACUUUUCAACAGCUAUGCAGCUUCACGAUUUCAGCGAAAUGCAGGCGUUUCCUACCAAACUACGAUAUAUGUGCAUAUGCCUGUCUGAGGUCAUCUUUAUGGAAGGCUUCAUGAGGAAAAUCUACAACUUUAUCAAUGGUUUGGAGGUAUUGCAUCUGAUCGGAACCUAUGAAAAGUGCGAGGAAGAGGAGGAGGAAAUCUAUGAAGUCAUCAACGUGCACAAACUGAAAUCUGCAACCCCAAAUCUCCGCGUUAUUAACUUAUAUGGAAUUAAUUUCAUCGACGACUCACACAUUGAUGCGUUCAGUUCAAACUGCAUUCAAUUGGAGUGCUUGGCAGUUAAUUAUUGCAACAAAGUCACAGGAUCAACGUUAAAGACCCUCAUACAGCGCUCGAAGCGCUUAACAUGUCUUCUUAUGAACGGAACCAGCCUCAAGUCAGAGUAUGUGAUGCAAGCCGAUUGGGAUAAGUGCGCCCUCCAGGAACUAGAUAUCACUGCCACGGAUCUGUCAAGCGAAUGCCUCAUCGACCUGCUAACACGCAUACCAAACCUCCGAUUCCUAUGUGCAGGACAAAUCAAUGGCUUCAAUGACUCGGUCCUAAAAGCUUGGAUGGAUAUGGGCAAUCCUAGAUCACUGAUAGCUCUGGACCUAGAUUCAUCUGACAAUCUUUCCGAUGAUGCACUGACCAAAUUUUUGACCCGUUAUGGUGGACAACUCCAUGCGCUAAUUCUGUCUGGAAUGCCUCAUUGCACGGAUCAACUCUGGAUGAGUGUCCUUCCAAUUGUAGUAAAUGCUAAAAUUUUAGUUAUGGGAACAUCUGAAAAAUUAGGAGUCAAUAUUCAUGUUGAUCAACUGAUGGAUGCCAUUGCGUCUGAUUGCGCACUCCUGGAGAGGCUAGAACUAAGGUGGGAUCCAGAUAACCUGCGUUUCUCUGACAAGAGUCAAAAGGCCAUUGAUUUAUUGCGUGUCAAGUGCCUGAAAUUGAGAUGUAUGGUCCUAAGUGACGGACGAUAUUACGAGACAGUUAAAGCCAACUUUGAACGUGCCGAUAGGUUGACUGUAGUCAGGACUACAACUUGUUGUCGCGUCUCAGCCUACCACCUCCUAAGAAACUACAAUGAUUUAAUAUUCAAUUAAGAUCUGAGAAUGAAGUACCUGUAAAAAUAAGAAACAGCAGAAAUAGCAUCAAAAAACAAACGUGCCUUCAACCACUUACGACUUACGACGAUUUUUGAAUGUUGAAAGUUUCACAAUUUGUUGUUUAUAUUAUUUUUUAAUGGAAAUGCAGAAAUGUUACUACUUAAUAAGUUAAGACGUUUUGAAAAGUAGAAGCGGAAAUUCCCAAACUAAUAUUUAAUAAAAGAAUGACCACAGUUUGAUGAUAUUGAUUUUCA